CGUGGAUGGAUAACGCAGCAUACUGACAACAACUACUAAAAAAUGUGUUUUGGGUAGAUUAAUAUAGGCUAUAAUUGUAAAUAACAGGCAGCCAUGAAAUCCAGAAAGAAGGGGAAAAGGUCCGGGAAACCCCAAACCUUCAUAUACACGAAAUGUUUGAUCUGUGGCGAACAGUACGGAGAUAAGAAUUUGGACACUCAUAUGCAUUCUUAUGUCCACCAUGAGGCAGUUGAGCAUCUCAAGGGCAGUGAACAGUUGCAUAAGUGUUUGGCAUGUGAUGUGUCUGUGCUGGGACUAGAGCUGUACAAGGAGCAUAUUGCCACCCGCAAACACACAUACAGUCUGUACAAACUUCACAACAGAAGAAGAAAAGAACAAAAAUAUAUGAACUACCAUAUAGACCUGACUGAUGAGGAGUUUUUAGCCCUUCAAAUAGAGCGAAAAAAGAAGAUACAAAAAUGUACGGAGACUUGUUUUGUCUGCUGUCAGAUUUUCCCUAUACAGGAUUUGGAUGCACAUAUGCACAGUAUUGUCCACCAUCAGGCAAUUGAGGAACUGAAGGGCAGUCCACAGGUUCAUAAGUGUUGGGCCUGUGACAUGACUAAAACAGGAAUGGCACAGUUUAAGGUGCAUAUUCGCACUCUUUAUCACAAAUACAUGUUGUUUGAACUCCAAAAGAUUACAGCAGAUGGAAAAACAGUGGACUACAGUGCUGAAAUUGAUGAUGAGCUUAGAGCCUUUUGUUACCAAAGAGAUCAACAAAUGCAAGAGAAAAAGAGAGAGAAAACAAAGAAGUGGAAACAAGCAAAAUUGAAGAGGGCACAGUUGUUAAAAUCGAAAGAAAACACAAGUGAAAUUGGGCAUUCAACAAUACCUGUCAUAGACAAUGAGGAGUUCACAAAUGGCCAGUUGCCGCAAUCAUGCCGUCUCUUCGUCUCUUGGGAAAAUCAAAAUGACCUCCCAGCAUCUUUCCAGCUUAACCAAAACCUGCCUAAACAGAGACAGGAGAGCAUACUUGAUAUGGACAGAUCAAACGGGCCACUUGUGAAAAAGCCUCGUCUUGAGAACCCAUCAGAUAAUCUUCCUCAAGAAAUGUCUGCUCAUGGCACACCGACUCCAGAAAUUGAAGAUGGUACAUCUGCUGGGCCUACAUGUGCGCCCGGACUGGUCCAAAGCAGGAUGGAGGCCAACAAACCCAACUUGACAGCAACGAAAGGAACUUGUUCAGCACAGAAGGCAACGACCAAGAAUGAAGCUGUCAUUCCCAAACCUCCACUACAAAAACGCAGUCGUUCCAAAAAGUCUAUGAGGAAAGUUAACAAAGCAGAAUCACAGAGUAAUAAACAGGGCACAACCAGAGAAGGUAUGAAUGGGCAAGAGCCACACGUUGAUUCUCUUCCAUCUGGAACUUCACUGAAUGAAAUGUUUGAAAGCCAGACUUCAGGAAAUGACUGCCAGGCAGUAGAGGUUGUUGAAAACGUUCGGCCUCAGACUGUGCAUGUUAAGAAAAAGAAAUCAAAUGCGUGUGACACAGAACAGGGAGAAACAUCACUGGUGAACAGCUUUGAAACCAACUCCUGCAACGUCCAGAAAAACAAGAAAAAAAAACAAGACAUUUCACAUAACAAUCUGAAUCCCAAGACAAAUGACAAAACAUCUAGAAAAAGGAAAGUGAAGAAGUUGUUGACGCUGUCUUCGAAAGAAGAUAAGUUGACUAGCUCUUUGGAGGAUGUAGGUGACGAGUUGUUCCUGGCGUACUCUACCAUGCAGAGCGCUUACACAGAAGUUCAGCGUCUACUAGCUGUUAAACAACAGGUAACCUCAGAGAUGGCCUCGCUCAGGACGAAGCGCAUAAAGAUUCUGCAGGAUAUGAAGAAUCCCACUCAUUCAGACCAGCAGGUGGGGCUAAAUGCCUCCUGACAGCUGUGUGAACCUCUGAGGAAGGAUCCCUCCCCUAGCCAUCCCAGGGAGCCUCACGGAGCAGCUGCACCAUAGGACUCACUCCCAGGUUUAUCUGAUUCUGGACCUAACUCUCAGUGAACACAAAUGACCUCUGUGAGCAUGUAUCUCAUCUGAGAGCACAGACUGCAUCAUUGUAACAGACUUUAAUGCAGUUUUAUAAUUGUUUUAUUGCAGUUCACAUUGGAUUAUGCUCUAACUUGAUCAGAUCGGUGCGGAUUAUUUCUAAAGAAAAAAGCAAUCG